UGAAAGAGAAAUAGAAAGUUUGCACCAAUAUUUUUUUAAUUAUUUCGGGAUCUACGUUUGAUUUCAACGGGAUACCCGAUAUUCAGUGUGUCAGCACUGUUCAAACGGCUCCCAUUUCUGUAAUUCAUAAGAAAUACUGCCAGAUUGAAGUGAUUUGAACGCUGUUUAGUUUUACACUACACUGACACCAUUUCUUAUGAAUAACAUCAAUAUGCUUCAGAUUCAUUUAACACUGCCAGUUUGAAGUGACCCGUGUGGACCAAUCGCAGACGUCGCUCAGGCCGGCUCUCGGCCAAUGGGAGCACAGCUUUCUCGAGCUCUCGACCAAUAGGAGCGCAGCUUUCUCGGCAGAUAGAUAGGAGUCGGCUGGCUCUAGAAGUCAGUCACUCGCGGUCUCUCAGUCUGUGAUAAGGCUCUCGGUCUCUCAGUCUGCACGAGUCUUUUCUACGAGGUGAGCCGAGUGUGGCCGAGUGUACACCAACUGGAGCUAUAUAGCAAAUCAACGAACAAAUAGUAACUAAUAAUUCGGAUUAACUAAAAUUGGUGAAUAUGACGUCAUCACUUGUCCACCUUGUAAAAUGGAACUACCAGCAAAUUAUGAACGAGACCGUAACAGAUCCUCUGGUAGACUCAUGGUUCCUAAUGGGCAGUUUUUGGCCGGUGGCGUCGUUAACAGCAGGUUACCUCUACUUUGUGCUGAUCUUUGGGCCACAGAUGAUGGAAAACCGGAAGCCCUACAACCUCAACAGGCUUCUAGUUGUCUACAACCUCUAUCAAGUCAUAUUCAGCACUUGGUUAUGUGCUAAGGCAAUGAGAAAAGACGGUAUUUUUGAGUUCGUGCUACAAUGUAAAGAGAUUCAACGAGUCCCAGAACUCAAGCUAGCUUUACACGAAGGAGCCUGGUGGUACUUCUUUUCAAAAGUUGUCGAAUUGUUGGACACAAUAUUCUUUGUACUGAGGAAAAAGCAGAGGCAAAUAACAUUCCUACACGUUUAUCACCAUGCUAAUAUGGUCGUAUCCUGCUGGGCCUACCUCAAAUUUAUCCCAGGAGAACAAGGUUUAGUGAUUGGAUUCCUAAACUCGUUUGUACACAUAGUGAUGUAUGGUUACUACUGUCUGGCAGCCCUUGGACCACGCUUCGAGAAAUACCUCUGGUGGAAGAAACAUCUCACCAAGCUGCAAUUGGUCCAAUUUGUCCUCAUGAUGCUCUACCUAGGAUUUCUGCUUGUAAAACAGUGCAAAGUACCGAAAGCCAUGUCAAUCUAUAUGCUACUCAAUGCUGCCAUUUUCCUUGUCCUAUUCCUGAAUUUCUACUACAAAUCCUACAAUGAAAAAGAAAACGCCAAACAACAGAAGAAAAUCGAAUAAAAAUGCAAAAAAAUUAGGAAACUUCAUUGCAAUACUUAACUCUAAACUGCAACGCAGUAAAUUAUUGUGUUUGCAAUACGACAUUAUUUUGUUUACAAAUGUAUUUUUGUGUAUUAGGCUACUUACAUGUAAUGCUGUAUCCUGUUUGCAUUAUGCAAUACAUAGGUAAUAUUGAGUAUUGUAAAUGUACCUCGUCUGUUCUAUGAGAUACAUAUUACCUAUAUUGAGUAGGCCUAAUGGAAAUGAACUCUCAAUUCAAUUCACAUUAUCAUAUGCUUAUGCUUUUUCCAGGCCCAGUUCAGUAAUUAAAAGUAAAUAACAAUAAAUUCACAUUGAUCAGGUCUAUUACAAAAACAUUUCACUAUUCUUUUUAGGGUUAGGCUACUGAUUAUUGAUUAAAUUUGUUGAAUAAGAAUCAAUAUUGUGGAAUUUUUCCAUAAUUAAAAGUCUGUGUACUUAUUAUAUAUUACAUGUACAUUACUUGUACCUAUUAUUUAUGUACAAGUCUAAUAAAUGUGGAUGUGACAUAAAUUAAUGGAACUGUGAUUUUACAAUAUUAUUAUUCUCAACAGCCAUUGAAAUCUGUCUUGGAAUAAUAAUAGGUAAUAAUAAUAAUGUCUCUGGUCGAGGGUACAACACGACCAGAGGAGUUUAUUCAAAUUAUAGACAUGAUUACAAAAAGCAUAUGAGCUACAAUUAUUUACAAAGUAUUAAUACAAUUGGUUCAUUAUUUGCUGAUUUAGGAAAAUGUGGCCCCGUCGGGAUGCCACUAAUUUUGCUAUUGUUUAAGAUUUUAUGCCAAGGAAAACAAUUCUAAUAAAGAUACAUCUUGCGAGUCAUUAGAACCACAUUUAUAUACACAAAUUAAAAAAAUGAAAAUUGAUAACCUAUGAUGUAGAAAUUUUAGAUUAAUUUAACAUGGAAAAACAUUUAAAAAUGGCUCUUGAAGAGUCAAAAUUAGUAGUUUCAAAAAAUAAAGGGUACUUUUGAUAGUUUUUUUUAUUGUGUUUUAGAAAAAAAUAUAUCUAGUAUGCACUAGGCGAUACAUAUUGAGUACAGUACCGUAUUGCAGGGUAAUGUAUUUUACAGUAACUUAUAUGCAAUAUAUUAUUUAUGUUGUGUAUUAUGUAUGCUUUGAUUGUAUUAUUUUAUUGAUAAGUUCUUCUUCAUGUAUCUGUUGUUAUCAUCAUAAUUUUGUUUUAAAUCAAAUCUUGAAAGGUUCCUAGAGAUGAUAGAUAAUGUAAGUUGUUUUGUAUUAUAUUAAAUAAUUGUUUUCAAUCA